AUGGCCAACGCGGAUGAAAAUGCCGCCCGCAAAGACCGCAUCAUCUCCCACAUGAACCGCGACCACACCCGCGAGAUGAGCCACUACCUGCGCCACUACAACGGCCUCUCCGCGCGCCAGGCCGCCCGCCCCUCCCUCCGCGACCUCUCCCUCGAGGCCCUCCUCAUCCGCGCCGACGGCCUCGACCACACCCUCCCCUUCGCGCCGCCCCUCGCCUCCUGGGCCGAGGUCCGCCCGCGCCUCGUCGAGAUGGACGCCGUCGCCCGCGCCGCCCUCGACAUCAGCGACGUCGCCGUCACCUCCUACGUCGCCCCGCGGCCCGCCGACUGGGCCGUCCUGCUCGCCGUCUCCUUCUACUUCGUCAGCGCCGCCACGCUGCCCUGGACCGGGGAGGGGUCGGCCGCCUGGCGGCUGCUCGAGGCGGCGCGGUUCCCCGGCGGCGCGGCCACGUUUAGAUGGCUGGUGCGGGCGCUGUUCGUGCCGGUGCUGGGCAUCCACGUGGCCGAGUGCUAUUUGCUGGACCGCUGGCGCCUGAGCCGCCACGGCGUGGAGCGCUUCUCGGCAGUCUGGCUCAUGUGGGAGGUGAGCUGCUUCCUCGAGGGGCUGAUGGCCUGGCACCGUUUCGACGAGCUGGUGGCGGAGAAGCAGAGGCAAAAGGCCGCAAAGAAGCAUUGA